AUGCCGCAGAGUCUGGUGUUCGCGGAGCAAGUGCCCACGUACGUGUUCCAAAACGUGAACUUCCAAGCCACCGUCAAGCUGGUGGACAGUCACAAGACCAAAGUCACUGGUGUCCGCAAACCUCUGCAAGUGUCUUUGCGCUUCCAUGACACUUACGAUCUUGUGGAGGACCAAGAUGCCGUGCUGCGAGUGACAGCAGAGGCCCACAUCGACCCUAACACGGGACUGGCACUGCUCUCGAUGAGUCUUCACACUCUCACGGCGACUUGCGAUGGACGCAACUUCUGUCUAGAAGUGCGCAGCGGCGAUGCAGACAUCGAGUCGGUCUUCUCAUCGCCUGUAAAUGUCGUCAAGGAGAAACUACAAGUGGUGACGCAACCACCCGACGUCUGGUUCAAAGACGAGGGAGGUCGGGAGAAGUGCAUGACAGUAGCUCUGAACCUGGUACCAGCUCCUGGAGCUUAUCUGGAAGACCGAGUGGUGCCACUGGACGUGAAGCUACUGUACGAGUCGGGCAACACGGUGCUAAACCAGAGCAUCCUGAGACUGUUCCCGGACAUGAGACCCAAUAUGACCCACGGCCGCGCUACCGUUUCCUUCCGAAUUGACGACGUGUCAAAGAACCACCAGGGACAAUCGUUCAUGUUGGAGAUUGGACCAGAGCAGCAGGACGGCAGCUCCAUGUUCCAGGACAUCGCGCCCACACGUACGUCGGUCAUUGCCAUUCGAUCCAAGCGUAACAAGCGGAAACUCAAUGCGCAAGCGGCGGCGGCAGCGGCUGUUGCAGCCUCAGGAGCUUACGGUAUGCGUGCUUCCCCUCGAAGUGUUGCAGGCACCCCUCGCACGCCUUACAUGAACAUGGGCGGAACGCAGAGCUCGCCUCAAUCAGUGGGCCCCAACGGGAUGAUGAUCGAACCGCAUCCGCAACGCGCUCGCAAGUACUUGGCAACUAGCAACGCCAUGGGAUACAACGGCAUGAUGCAACAGCCGCAACAGCCGAUGGGUUCCAUGUCCUGGAGCAGCCACUUAAUGCAGCCUACUGCCAGUUCUGCAUCCCCCCCCAUGCAGGCCCAAACGCCUCAGAGCCAACAAGCCCCAGCCCAGACUCCAGGUUCUGGAGCGGCAAACAGUCCUGGAGCGGUGGAGUGGGCUCUUGGGGGCUUUGAGAUCCACCCAGACGGCUCCAUGAACACAGCUCGACCGAUCUAUCGCUGUCCUCAGUGUCGGCGUCUGAACGAUGUGGACAUGCUGGCAGCUGGCCCCGCUGUCUCUCACAGUCCGCAGUGCGUCUUCUCGCCCAGCGGUGGCAAUGGCAACAUGAUGUACCGUUCUCAAAUGGAAGGAACGCCCAUGAAUCAACAGCAAAUGCAGCAACAGCGUGGGUAUGCACCAUACCAGCAGAUGGCCCAGCAGAGUAUGGGUAUGAGUGCACCUCCGACCUCCACUACGACCAACAGCUACGGCAGCAGCGCGAUGGUCGAUUCUUCGUCACUGAACGUGCAGCAGAACACGGUAAACAUCACGUCAAAGCCCGAAGACGUAUCACCAAAGACACUCGCCACUUAUGCAGCUUCGUCCACACAGCGACCGUCCAUGACGAUUUUUCCUUACAUGAACAAGGUAACAACCGAAGCAGGAUUGCCAGCAAGCAACGGACAGGAGCAGCCAUCCAGUGGCAACUUGUUCGAGAGCAAUGCUUUUCACAACCAGAUGGAGAUGAUUGGCAACGGAACAGAGAAAUUGUUCAUGAACAAGAACACCGCGGUGGAAGACGAUCCCGCGCUGGACCCGCAACAGCAACAACCUCAGAAUUAUCAGCAGGAUGCAGGCGCAAACUUUGGCGGUGUCAUCGGGACGUCUCUCUUCAAUGAGAUGACUAGCAUGGGCAUCAACCUGGACCAGAGCGAACCUCAGCUGCUAGGCGAGUUUGGAGGGAUCCAAGGUAACAACACCCAGACUCCCAAUGAUGAAGAUCAAGUGUUCUACAUCCUGGCGCAGAUGUACACGGAUGCGCAGGAGCGGAAACUCGGUCUGCCUGCCUUUGAUCAGUUCCAACGCAUGCUUGGAUUCUACAGCGAAGCUCAAGAUGACGUUCAGACUCAGGUGGUUUUCCAUCCACUGCGAGAUGUCUGUUUGUCGAACGAGGAGCGAGAGAAGAUCACGACUCAGUUUGUGGAUGAGCUCGGACGAGACUCACAGGCGGUGCAUUCCCUCCCCAAGUAUCAGCACAACCUCAUCAUGUUGCGCGAGGACGCUCUGAUGUUCUACUGGAGCCAGUCGCUCGUAUGA